AUGUCGAGGGAACGUUACAGCUUCUCGCUGACGACCUUCAGUCCUGCUGGCAACCUCGCCCAGAUGGAAUACGCGAUGGCCGCUGUGGCUGACGGUGCCACCUCCGUUGGGAUUGUGGCCUCUAAUGGCGUUGUGAUUGCCACAGAGCACAAAUUCAACUCUCCACUCGUCGAGGUGCACAGCAUACAUCGUGUGGAGAAAAUAAGCAACAACAUUGGAUCGGUGUACUCGGGCAUGGGUCCUGACUAUCGCAUGCUGGUUAAGCACGCUCGUAAAAUGGCCACAAAGUACUAUCUCACCUAUAAGGAGGCCAUUUCAACCGAACAACUUGUUCAGCGCAUGGUCGAUCUAAUGCAGGAAUACACUCAGUCGGGAGGUGUACGUCCCUUUGGUGCUUCUAUGCUGAUUUGCGGGUGGGACUUUGAUAGGCCGCAUCUCUACCAGGUGGAUCCCACAAGCGCUUCGUUUGCUUGGCAGGCCUCGGCUCUCGGCAAGAAUGCAGAGAGGGGCAAAAUAUUUUUGGAGAAGCGCUUUAGCCCAGAAAUGGAACUACCAGAUGCUGUGCACACCGCUAUUUUGGCACUCAAAGAGGGAUUUCAGGGGAAAAUUGAUUGCGACAAUAUUGAAGUUGGAGUGUGCGAUGAAAGAGGUUUUAGGCGCUUGGAACCUACAGAAAUUGACGAUUACUUGAGUAAUAUAAUGUAAAAACUAAGCUCAUUCUUACACGUAUAGUCUAAUUUUCCCAAAAUUGCAAUUUCCAAUAUUUAAGUCUUUACUGAAAUGCUUCAUAUAUACUUCUAACUAAUGAAUAAAUGAGAACUGCGAUUUGGGCAA